CAUUGUAAAAUACAAUAAUGAAUAAUUUUGUGAAAACAAACUUGCAAAAGUGCACGUCGUUUUGUUUUGUUAUUCUUCGUGACAUGCAUGGAUAAUGUUUGAAUACACAAUAUAGAUGAGUAUCAAUGUAUGAGCGAAUGCAGCUUGAAUGUGUAAUGCUUAAAACUUUAUUAUAAAAGGAAUACACAGAAUGGAGCUUGCAAAAAUAUCCGAACCAACGUGCGGAGCAGACUGGAAGUCCUCUGUGACUACUCGGAGUAUGUACACGUCGACUCUGAGGUCCGUAACAAGCUGCAAGCUGCCGAUGUCGAUCUGGGGAAAAUGGGCGUUAAAAUCAACGGCGAAGCGGAAAACUCUUUCAGAUGUGUGUACCAAACACUAGAGGGCAAAUUCGAAUGUACCGGAAGACGCUCCAAAUGUUCCGAUAAUGGAGACCUCGAGCUUACCUUUGUUGAUGCAAACAAUGGUGUUGUUCACUCAGAGAAAAUUAAAAUUACAGUUGCUGAGCGACACUUAAGCCUGGCGAUAAAUCAAACAUUCCCCAAAACUGCUCAGGGAGACGCGUCGACGUUCCAUAUGUAUUGUGGUGUUGAAGCGGCGUGUGAUAAUUAUACCAUGGAGAUUGCUACAGGCGACACUAAAAUAAUAAACAUUCCUGGGCGGUCAGAGGUGUCUUGUGGUAAGACAAAAAGGACAAAUGAUGGUGACUAUGACAUUCAAUGUAACGCCACGGUCAACGGAGAAAUGUUGUUAAGUCAGGAAUUCUUCAAUACGUCGUGUUCUUUGAGGCGUUCAAAUCAGACGAUUGCUCAGAGUGAAUCCUUCGAAAUGCCCUUUUGCCAUGAUCUUUCCUCUUCAUGUAGUUGCAAAGGCGCAAACAACUCGUGUGCAUCCAUCUGUAAUGUUGCUGGGAAGUGCUUGCUCGAGGCCGGAUACCAAUCUUUCAACGCUUCAGUAACCGGAUGUGACACACGGUGUAUGUUAAAGUGGUGCUUACGUGAGCACAACAGUACGAUUGUAGCAACUCAAGAAAACAUCAUUUUCGAGAUUUGUGAAUUAGUCGGAGACUGUUCGGAGACAGGUCUUUGUUGAUGGGAAAUCUCAAAUCCCUUUAAAACAGUUUCUCUUUGCAAUAGCAAAUUAUUGUUCACAAUCUGGCUUUAAUUUUGCCUUUGGUUAGAGUUGAAUUAAUAAAAAGUAUGAUUAUUUAGCCUUUUUUAACAUUUACUCAUUCUGAUUUGUUAAAUAACUUGUAAUAGGUGACUGUUCAGAAGUUCUUUGACUUAGAAAUACUGGUAAAGGUGUUGCAUUAACCACAUUUAAGUCAAUAUCUCAGCAAAUACAUCGUGUAUUGCAUUGAAACUUAAGUCUUGUGUUCCUUAUCAUCCAACCAUUUUAGUUAUUAGUUAAAUAACUGUAUGUUGCAUUAUACACCUUGCCCCUUAAUUAUUUGACUUAAAAAUCCUGGGGAAGAGUUUGCAAGUAAGCACAUUUAAGUAAGUAACUCUGUUACUACUUCAUGUAUUGUAUUGAAACUUUAUACAAACAAGUAUGCUAACUAUUAUAGCUUAUAACGUAACUUAACAAUGAUCUAUGCAUGUUUCAUUAAGACUUUGCAAUCCUUAAACAUAAAGGCAGCGGAAUAGUCGAGAGCGCUGUCUCUGUGAAGGCUUUUGUUCUAAUGAUAGCUUUCUGCAAUGACUUAUUUAAUAUAAAGACAUUGCACAGCAUUGGUUAUCAGGAAGUUCUUAGUAUUUUAUAAAACUAGUAUGCUAUUCAUAUUAUACUGCGUGAGGCUAUUUAUGUAUGUUGUGUCAGUUGAUAUAUUGGUUAAUGAAAAAAGUGUGGUUUGUUGCUGUUGUUGUUGUUUUCACAAAAUAACGCGUGCCAUUUUGUUCACCGAGCCGUUAGUUGUGUUUGUGUUAUCUAUGUUCUAUACGAUGUAGGUUUGUUUUUCCAAAUGAUUAAUUACCUUAUGUUUAAGCUGCAUUGAUGUAUACGUGGAAAUAAAGAUAUUGUAACAUUUGAAAGAUG